GUUGUCCUUGUCAACCGAGUGGGAUGCUCAGAACUGGUCUUAUGCUAAAUGAAAGCUCAUUCCGUUACCCUCCCACCGCCCUCCUCAUCGAAACCCCGAAGCAUCUUGUUGUCUGUUUUCGUUACAACCCGAGCGCCCACAACACCAAAUAAGCUUACAAUGGGACGAAUAAAGGUCCUCAUCAGCGGUGGAGGUAUCGCCGGCAACGCCCUCGCCUUCUGGCUCUCGAAGCUAGGCCACCACGUCACCGUCAUCGAGCGGUUCUCUAGUCUGCGAGCCACGGGGCUCCAGAUAGAUCUCCGAGGCCACGGGAUCGAGGCCAUGAGGCGCAUGGGUCUCGAGCAGGCUUUCCGGUCCAAAUCGGUCCCGGAGCAGGGCCUGCAGAUAGUCGACAAGUCCGGCAGACGGUGGGCCUACUUCCCGGCGAACAAGUCUGGCAAGGGGCUGCAGGACUUCACCACCGAGUUCGAGAUUAUGAGAGGGGAUCUGUGUCGCCUUAUAUACGACGCCACCAAGGAUCGGGCAAAGUAUAUCUUUGGAACGUCGAUCGAGAGCUUUGAAGAGAGGGAUGGCUCUGUGAAUGUUCGGUUCGCAGACGGCAAGACGGACCAAUUCGACCUCCUGGUCGGUGCCGACGGCCAGGGAUCGCGCACCCGCAAGAUGAUGCUCGGACCCGGCACCGCCGACGCGUUCUACCCGCUCGGCGGCUCCUACAUGGGAUACUUCACCAUUGCUCGGCCGAUACAAGAAGGAGAGGGGUACGUCGCCACGUCAUACAUGGCUACCGAGGGGCGGGCCGUGAUCACUCGAAGGCACAGUCCAAACCAGAUCCAGGCAUAUCUCUCCUGCAAGACAGACUCGGAGCGACUCAAGAGUGCUCGCACGGGCGACGUCAGGGCGGAAAAGGAGGCCAUGACGGAGAUCUUCCAAGGCGCAGGGUGGCAGACAGAGGCGAUAUUGGAGUCUCUCAAGGACGCCAGCGACUUCUACCUCGAGCACCUAGGCAUCGUCAAGCUGGAGUCCUGGUCCCGCGGCCGCGUGACGCUCGUUGGCGACGCCGCUUAUUGCCCGUCGGCGAUGACGGGGAUAGGCACUACCUCCGCCAUGGUCGGUGCUUAUGUCUUGGCCGGUGAGAUCGGGAGACACUGUGGUGGACGCUCUAGUGGAGAGGGUAGUGCCGAUGGAGGGGACGGUGCCAAGAACGGUCGCAAUCUUGAGACCGCGCUCAAGGCUUACGAACAGAAGUUCCGGCCCUUCAUGGACCAAGUACAGAAAGGAAUAUUGGAGAAUAAUGGGAGCAUGAUGCCGACGACGACAUUCACUAUUGCCCUUGCAAACUGUCUCCUGGGGGUAGCCUCCUUCUUCAGGUUGAAUAUCAUGGGCAAGCUGUUUCUGCGGGAGAAUGUAAAGGGAUGGGACCUCCCGGAGUAUGAAGAGAUGCUACGGGACUAAGUCAGUAAUGCAGGCUAGUUAUGAUACCCCUGAGUAGGUGUUUAAAGAUGGAUUCUCCCCUCAACUUUGUUCAGCAACAUAUAAUUAAU